AUGGAGCAGAGAUGCAUAAAGAAGAAGCAGGGAGAAGGCAAUCACAGCUGGGACGUUUAUAGCACUCUCUGCCAUUAUCAUGCUCUUGAUCCAACCAAUUUUUACUCCAGCAGCUUUUGCAACCUUUCAAACUGGAGCUACAGCCGGUGGAACUGCAGCUGCUGCAGUGGGGGGGGGGGUGUAAUACGUGCUAAAUUACUAAGUAGUGCGGUUUCUGGUUUCUUUGCUGGUUGCUUACACACCCUAUCAGGGCCGGACCACCUUGCUGCUUCGGCUCCACUAUCUAUUGGUCGGACUCGAAUGGAAAGCGCCGUUGUUGGAGCUCUAUGGGGUUGUGGCCAUGAUGCUGGUCAGGUUAUUUUUGGUUUGCCAUUUCUACUUCUAAAGGAUCGCCUCCACAUUGAAAUUAUCCAGACUUGGGGUACAAGGGUGGUGGGCUUUACAUUGCUUGUUAUUGGGGCUAUGGGUAUAAAAGAAGCUUCAGAAGUUCCUACUUGUGUAGCCUUAGAAAAUGGUGAGUGUGAUGUUAGCGUUUAUGAGACACCUGAAAACCCGGUAAUUUGGAAAAAGAAGAUUGGUUUUGCUACUUUUUCCACAGGGAUUGUUCAUGGAUUGCAGCCAGAUGCACUGAUGAUGGUUUUGCCAGCACUGGCUUUACUGUCUCGCCUGGAUGGUGCUGCAUUCCUAUUCAUGUUCUUGCUUGGAACUGUGGUAGCAACGGGAAGCUAUACAGUGUUUAUAGGCUCUUGCAGUCAAGCAUUAAAGGGUAGGGUUCCCAGAAUUACUGAAAAACUUACAUGGGCUUCUUCUAUUGUAGCCAUCGCUCUUGGAGUAGCCAUCAUCGUAAGCCAAUUUUUCGGAUUUAGUCUCUAUUGAUCUACCUGACACUCCAUCAAGAUAUUCAUCCCAGCUUCUUUAGCACUUUGUGAAGAUGUUAGAAAGCAUUUUCGGAUUUAUUUUCAGCAAUAUUUUAUCUGAGAGCAUCUUUGCACCAAUUACCUUUUGUUGUUUCC